AUGUAUCCAAACACCCCUCAGCCAGAGUUCGAACAGGCUCGAGAUGAGAUCUUCUCGACUCUGAAGCCCUUCUUUGAGAAGAAUGAAGAGUACAAGAAGGUCUGGGACAUCAUCUGUGUUCCCGAGCAGGUUAUCAGCUUCCGUGUCGUCUGGGAGGAUGACAAGCACGUCGCACGGGUGAACUGGGGUUACCGAGUCCAGCAGAACUCUGCCCUCGGACCUUACAAGGGUGGUCUCCGAUUCCACCCUACCGUGAACCUCUCCAUUCUGCGGUUCCUUGCUCUCGAGCAGGUGCUGAAGAAUGCCCUCACCGGUCUCCCCAUGGGAGGUGGAAAGGGUGGAUCCGACUUUGACCCCAAGGGCAAGAGUGACGCUGAGAUUCGCCGUUUCUCAAAGGCCUUUGGAACUGCUCUCGCCAAGCACAUUGGUCCCGACACUGAUGUUCCCGCAGGUGACAUUGGUUUCACUGGUGAGAAUGCCGGUUACGUCUUUGGUGUUUACAAGCAGCUCAAGUCGGAGUGGUCUGGUAUGAUCACCGGUAAGGGACCCGACUGGGGAGGAUCUGCCCUCAGGCCCGAGGCUACCGGUUACGGUCUCGUCUACUACGUCGACCACAUGAUCAAGCUCGUCGAGGGCGCCCAGGGCGGCUUCAAGGGCAAGAAGGUCGUCGUUUCUGGUUCCGGUCAGGUCGCCCAGUUCGCUGCUCUCAAGGUCAUUGAGCUUGGUGGUACCGUCCUUUCCUUCUCCGACUCCAAGGGAUCGUUGAUCGCCAAGGGAGACGCUAGCUUCUCCGAGCAGGACAUCGAGGAAAUUUACAAGAUCAAGAUUGCCCGAAAGGAGCUCUCCACUCUGGGUGACAAGGGUGGAAAGUUUGAGUUCCACGCCGAUGGUGCUCGUCCUUGGAAGCUGGUCAAGGCCUACGAUGUUGCUCUCCCCUCGGCCACCCAGAACGAAGUCGACGAGAGCGACGCCGAGGCUGUGAUCAAGGCUGGUUGCCACUUCAUUGCCGAGGGUUCCAACAUGGGUUGCACCCUCGAGGCCAUCCAGGCCUUUGAGAAGACUCGUGCAAAGGACGGCAAGAAGGGUGUCCUCUACGGUCCAGGCAAGGCUGCCAACUCUGGUGGUGUGGCCGUGUCUGGUCUGGAGAUGGCACAGAACUCGAUGAGGCUCAAGUGGUCUGGUGAGGAGGUGGACACCAAGCUCAAGGGCAUCAUGGAGGAGUGCUUCAACAUCUGCAAGACGACCGGUGAGAGCUUCGGAGACGGUGCCGAGGUUCCUUCGCUGGUUGCUGGUGCCAACAUUGCCGGCUUCAAGAAGGUAGCCGACGCCAUGAAGGCACACGGUGACUGGUGGUAG